UUCAAAAUGUUGUUAUGUCGCGUAUCAGACAGCAAGCCGGUAAAUUGGUCGUCGAAUGUUGAAGCGAUCACAACGUGUCUUGGUUUUGCUUGUGCGGUCUGUAAAUUAUAAAUUUUCAAUUAUCUAACAACAAUCGUUAAAAGCGCAAUCAGUGUGGGCAAUAAUGAAAGAUAAUGGCAUCCAAGCAGCCGCCCAAUAAAUCCACUCCACGAUAAGAUUAUACCUAUGUUUUGGAUGCUUGUCGUUUCCAAGAAGCGCAGUCCGAGUUGCUAAAAUUAAACAGGCAGAACGCUAAAAGCAUGCACAAAAUUGCAAAUCGGAGCAAAUUGAGCACAACAACGUGAUACUCAACAAAGUAUUACGACACUCUGUUCGCGUUCUAUACGUUACAACCGUUUCGUUACGUGUCGUUACGUUCGUUGUAACGGGCGGCAAAAUGAAGGAAUGGCUUAAAAUCUCAUGCCUGCUGUGCGUCUUUGGCUUCGUACGCGAAAUUCGACCUUCAGAACCGUAUGUUACCGAAUACCUUUUGGGACCAUGGCGAAAUAUUACCGAAGAUCAGUUGACCCGAGAUGUCUAUCCAGUGGGUACUUACUCACAUCUGGUCCAAUUGAUUUUCGUUUUUCUAAUCACUGACUUUCUGCGGUACAAGCCGCUCAUCAUCACUGUGGGCGCCGCUGGUGUUAUUAUAUGGAGCAUGCUUAUAUGGACAACCAGUUUGCUCUCACUGCAAAUUUUGGAAUUCUUCUAUGGCACCUAUAUGGCCGCCGAGGUGGCCUACUACACUUACAUAUAUGCCAAGGUCGAUAAGAAGUAUUAUCCUCGUGUCACAUCGCACACGCGAGCCGCAAUGUUUGCCGGCAAACUAAUCUCUGGUAUUACAUCACAGCUGAUGAUCAAUCUAGAUCUAAUGAACUACAAAGAGCUCAACUAUAUUACAUUAGCCACUCAAAUACUGGCGAUGCUGUGGGCCUUUAGUCUACCCAAGGUCGAUAAGAGCUUGUACUUUCAUCGAGAGGCCUAUUUAACAGAGGCUACGCCCACUAUCGCCAGGCCCAAACCAGGUGAACAACAGGAAUCGGCUGUCACAGAGACUGAGACUGAGGUAUGCCAACCGGUAAAACUUCGGAGCCAGAGCAGUGCGGGCGCGCUGUUGUGGCAACACUUUCACAAUGCCUACACCAAUCCGCGAGUGGUGCAGUGGAGCUUGUGGUAUGCCAUAGGUCUAGCGGGUUAUCUGCAGGUGACCUACUACAUGCAGGUGCUGUGGAAAGUGAUUGAGCCAGAGCCACAGAUUGCGUGGAAUGGCGCUGUCGAUGCUGUCCUCACCGCACUGGCAGCAUUGUGUGCUCUUGCUGCAGGAUAUCUGCACACUGGUCGUCUUAGACCACGCGCCAGUUUGCUGGUGCUUUCCGUGCUGUCAGCACUGGAGGGCGGCAGUGUUUUAAUCUGCUGUUGGACCAACAACAUCUACUGGUCAUAUGCGGGCUUUGUAAUCUUUGGCGCACUCUAUGGCUUUACUAUUACAGUUGCCAGCGCAGAGGUGGCACGAAACUUGCAGGAGGACAGCUUUGGACUGGUCUUUGGCAUCAAUACUCUACUGGCUUUGGUCUUUCAAUCGCUACUUACCAUAAUUGUUGUCUCGGAAACGGGAUUUGCUCUUGAUCCUGUUGGACAAUACACAGUAUACGCUUUCUAUUUCAUUGCUGUGGCCGUCAUCUACUUUAUAUCCGUCACGAUUGAGCACUUUUGGCGACGCAGCAAGUCUACAGAAAAGUUGGCCGACAGCUUAGAAUAGAGCCGCUCAUUAUGUACUUAAUAAUUAGUUGUUAGUAAGUUGUGGUUAAAGUUCUAGUUAUGAAGAUGUUCCUAUACAAAUAUCAGCGUACAAAUU